AUUGUGACGGGCUUCUUUGCGCAGGACGAUCCCAAUGCGAACUCGAGCGCGAUCGGCUCGGCUCCAGCCCGGUUCGGUCUGCUCGAUACAUCGCCGGCGCGCUGGGAGACGUUCAGGUUCAAGCUCGCGAAGUUGAACGCACAGGCGGAGUGGGGGACGCAGUACAAGGCCAUCUUCUUCGCCAGGCACGGCGAGGGUUUCCGUAUGAGGUUUGCAGAUAACGUCGCUGAGGCCAAGUACGGCACGCCGGUACGCACCUACUGGUCCAAGCUCGACGGCGAUGGAGAGAUCGUCUGGGGCCCCGACGCCAACUUGACGGACAACGGGGUGCAGCAGGCGAUCACCGUCGGCGAGCUUUGGAAGGCGGAGCACAAGUUCAACAUCCCGCUCCCACAGAAGCUCUACGCGAGCCCAAUGCGGCGCGCGCUGUACACGUUCAAGCUCGAGCUCGAGGACAGCGGCGUCAUAAACGACCUCUUCCUCCGCACGCUCAUCUUGGAGGACCUGCGCGAGCAGUAUGGGGUGCACACGUGCGACAUGCGCUUCACGAAGACGGAGAUCGCGGAGAACUUUCACGCGCCGGUGUACCACUUUGAGCGGGGUUUCGCGGAGAACGACACGCUCUGGACGGCGGAUGAGCGCGAGAGCUCGGAGCACACUGCGUGGCGCGCGAAACAAGUACUUGACAAGAUCUUCACGGAGGAUAAGUUCGAGACGUACAUCGGGAUCACAGCACACAGCGGGAUUAUUAACGGCUUCGUGCGUACCCUUGGUCGUCCUAGGUACGCCCUCCAUACGGGAGGUGAGUUGUAA